CCGCGUCCGAAGUCCGAAAUGACGUUUCUCGAUCAGGCUCGAUCGGGAAAAGCGUUCAACGUUGCGUUCAACUCUUUGAGGCACCUCAGGGUGGAUUUUCCGCCGGUCGCUAAUCGCAAACCAGCGCAGGCGGCAAACUCUGAGUGACAAGCCCGCCCCCUGAGUGCCGAUAUCUCCAAAGUCAAUCCCAUCGUCUGAAGUGUGCCAAAAUGCCCGUCGUCUCUACGCUGUUGGCGACGGCCGUAGCUGCCCUUGGGCUCCAAACCGCGGUCGGAAUUCCUUCCGUUGCACUCAAAUCGGACAUAGUAUAUGACCUCUCAGGGGCCAUCACGUUCGGCAUAUGUACACUGGUGUCACUCUACUACCCAAACGUAAGGGCAUUCGGUCUCAAACGCCUGCUCGAAAACCCCAAACUACUCUCUACAUUCCCCAGCCCCCUCAACUUCCAUCCCCGCCAACUAAUCGCCAGCGGUUUGGUGUUCAUCUGGGCCGGCCGGCUCGGUUCACACCUAUUCAUCCGCGCGCUCAAAUCCGGCGGCGACCCGCGUUUCGAGCAAAUCAAGAAGGAUCCCAUAAAGUUUUCCUUCGCCUUCCUCGGCCAAGCAUUAUGGGUGACUCUCACGGCCCUGCCCGUGUAUGCCAUCAACGCCGUGCCAGCCGCGUUGCAGCCGGCGUUGGGAUGGAAGGAUUUCCUCGGCUUGGGGAUCUGGGCGUUUGGGUUUGCGUAUGAGGUGAUUGCGGAUCGGCAGAAGACGGCGCAUUCGCAGCGGGUGAAGGAGAAGAAGGCGGAGGAUGAGCCGUUUUUGAGGACGGGGUUGUGGGCGAAGUCCAGGUUCCCGAACUAUUUUGGGGAGGUUACCCUUUGGAGUGGCCUUUACGUAACGUCCCUGGGACUCUUGACCUCGGCCAACCUCCCAUCGCACGUUUACCCUCCCUGGAUCGCUUUGGCCGCUGCCUCCGGACCUAUCUUUGAGUACCUCCUUCUCACCAAGGCGUCUGGGAUCCCGCCCAUUGAGAAGCACCACGACAAAAAGCACGGAAAGAACCCUGAGUAUCAGAAGUACAAACGAGAAACGCCCCAGUUCUUCCCGAAGUUCUUCUGAGACCAUCAGCUCUAAUGGUGUCGUGCAUCAAAUGCACAUUAUUUCUGGCACCUCCCUCAUUACCUCAGGAUUGCUAGUCCUCUCCCAUUCGCGAACUCUCUCGUACCCACCUCGUAGCAGCAGAACUUCUGGCUGGGAAAGAGAUGUUGUGUAUCCCCUUGUACUGUACAUAAUGAAUUCUACCGCAAACAUCAUAUCACAUUUUCCUCUGGUUGACC